UGCUGGGCGUUCUGGAGGCAGAACUGCUGUAGGUCCGCUGCGGCCUGGGACACCUGUGGAUCAAAAGAGGCAAAUAUUCAAAACCAUUCACGAGGAAAACAUGCAAAAGGAGCUACAGCGAUAGACAUGUUGUCAUCAUCAGCACCAGAGCAACCAGUGCUGGCACCCUCGUAAAAGAAAUUCCAUUGGCUGUGAGUGAGUUGCAUUAAACUGACUGGGCAGUCUAAGCCUCCACCUGACGGGAAAAAAGACCCCACAAACACAACUUCAUUUUAGUGGAUUUCCAACCUGCAUCUGAAAUGGACUUGCCUGUUUCUGAGUCGCCAACACAUCCCGAGGAGAAGAGGCCAGUCAGCUGUAAGUUUGUGGAGCUUCAUGUGCUCUAUGUUCCCAAUGACCAGUGGAACGUCAAGCUUAAUAAAGUCCCUGUGGAAGCCAUCCACAGUUUUGUAUCUGGUGGCUUCAUCAGAGUUUAUCCAGAUGUCACUUUGAAAUCUUUGAGGAGAAAGCUGAGCACGCUACAAGGAGGCUCAUUGGGCUCUAUAGACAAGUUCUUCUUUCUGAAAUGUGUGGGCCACAGUUUGGCGCUGGUCAAAACCAAGCAAGAACGAGAUGUGAAAGUGAAAACAUUUGCUCCUCCAUAUGCCCCACAGCCGGAGCUUUAUUUGCUGCGUCUUGCUGAUAGUGAUGACAGUGUCUGGUCACAGUCCCUCACUCCAGACAGCAGUAGCUCCUCUGACCAAAACUCAUAUUACCCUUACAAGACUUGUCCUCAACCUACAGGGUCCAAAGAGCAGCUCAAACUCCCCCACAUCACCAACAGUUCACACCAGGCGCCCCCUAAUGUUGGUGUGGAAGAUGAUAACCGUGAGGAGGAGCAGGGCUACAGCUCAUCUGAGGCAGAGAGCCCAGAAAAAACCUUCACCAGCAAAUUGAACUGGGUCAAGAUGGAGAGUUAUCCACACAAGUCUCAUCCUCAGUGUUCAUCUGUGAAUAAUAAUUUACAGGAGUGCAAGACAGAUUCGAUAUCCCCAUCACUGCUGACAUUAAAAGGACGAAUAUGCAGAAAGACAAAACUUUGCAAUAUUGGAAGUCAAACAACCCAAGAAUCCGGCAUGGGUGAAAAUUUAGAGGACAGACACUCAGACUUCUCAAUCAAAAACUGGCAUGGGAAAUCAAAAGAGUCGUGUGCCGUAAUCAACAAAAGUAAGAAAAAUAAUCAGUUGAUGGACAGUCCAACAGUGUCGUCUCAGUCCCUUCAGCACACUUCAACUAUAAAAGCUCAAAAUGAAUCUGGAACAUCAGAUAAAGAUGUUGAGUCUCCAAACUUUAGGACAAAUAAACAAGAAUUGAUAGAAGAAAUCAAAAUGGUGCGAGAGGAGAGAAAGCAGCUUGAAUGGAUGAGACAAGAGCUGCUCAGGAAAGGUAAAGAUUUGUUGGCUCAAAACAGACACCGGCGGAACCAAGCACGAGAUAGUUGGAAAAAGAAAUAUUUUGAAACAAAAAAAGCCACUGCUCCAUUGGAGGAAAGUCUGAGAAAGGUGCGACAAGAUUUGGAAACAUUUUAUAGUAAACUUCUCCAUCAGCUCCAUGCCAGGGAAAACAGAGGCAACCCCAAAAGACAGGGCAGGACUUCAGUCAAGAAUGAACUUAUAAUACAAAUAAUGACUGAAAGCUAUGAGAUUGAGGAUCUAAAGAGGAAAGUGGAAGAUGGCAAGAUGAAAUUGCAAACAGAAAUUAAGUUAAGGAAACAAGCUGCCACAGAACUGAAAUCCCUUAAAGCAGAACUGGCCCAAAAGAAGAGUCAGUCAUCUCCGCCGCGGACUGUGGCCUACUUGGGCUUUGGAAAUACCCCAACCCCACAAAACAGAGCACACAAAUACAGCUCAUCUGUUCAAAUGUAG